CUUUUAGUUUAGACCCUGUGGCUGUUUCCAAUUUUCCACUUUCUCUCCAGCUGCUUUUGGGGAGGGGUGCUUUUCCCCUAUUCUCCCCUGCCUUCCCAGUCUGUGUCCUGUCUCCUCCCGCAAAAGCAGUUCCCUACCCUCUGUGGCUUCUCGCUACCCAAAUUCACUUCUCUGCGCCUUGUACCUGCUGAAUUCUGUGGUUAAGGUUGUGCAGAUUGUUGUGUUAAUCCUCCAAUCAGUUUUCUAGGUGUGUAGGAUGGUUUAGUGUUGGUCUGGUUGUAUUUCAUGGAUGAGAGACACAAAAAAACUUCCAUGCUGUUCAGCCAACUUGGCUCCUCCUUGGUUUCUUUUAAAUUAAAUUUUGUUGAAUUCCUUGAUCUCCGGAGGUGUGGCUCUGUGCGCUGCGCUGAGGCUUUGUGGGGGGCCAUCGGCGACCGAAGCACCUCAGCCUGGCUGCUGCCUACCCUCACCCCUUUUGAGGACAGUUCCAAAGGGCCCGGGAAGGCGUCCUGUCACCGCCGUGCCGUCUCCUGGGGAGCCACCCAAACGCUGCGAUGCAGUUGGGCAGCGUGCAGCCUGCAGAUGAAGAAGAGGAGCAGACCUGAGACCAGGGAACAGCUGCAGCAGGUCUCGUGGAGCUCGGCAUGCCCCCCGUGCGGCGCCUCACGAUUGAGGACUUUGAAAUCGGGCGUCCUCUGGGAAAGGGAAAAUUUGGGAACUUGUACCUGGCUCGGCUCAAGGAAAGCCAUUUCCUUGUGGCCCUGAAAGUCAUCUUCAAGUCCCAGAUAGAAAAGGAAGGACUGGAGCACCAGCUGCGCCGGGAAAUUGAGAUCCAGGCACAUCUACAGCACCCCAAUAUCCUAUGCCUAUACAACUACUUCCAUGAUGCAUGCCAGGUGUACCUGAUUCUAGAAUAUGCUCCAAGGAGUGAGCUCUACAAGGAGCUGCAAAAGAGCAACACUUUGGAUGAACAGCACACAGCCAUGAUAAUGGAAGAAUUAGCAGAUGCUCUGACAUACUGCCAUGAGAAAAAGGUGAUUCACAGGGAUAUCAAGCCAGAGAAUCUGCUGCUGGGGUUCAGGGGUGAGGUGAAGAUUACACCCCAUCUCUGAGGUGGACAUCAGGUUUCCUCCGUCAAUACCUUUGGGGGCCCAGGACCUGAUCUCCAAGCUUCUCAGAUACCAGCCUUUGGAGCGGCUGCCUUUGGCGCAGAUCCUGGAGCACCCCUGGGUCCGGGCCCACUCUCAGAGGGUGCUGCCUCCAUCUGUUCAGAUGGAUUCUUGAGCCCUGUCCACACCUGUUUCAUUGCAUUUGUCCAGGGAGCUCUCCUGGCUCUACUAACUUGUCUGUCUUUUGUUUCUUCUAAGAUGCAAGAUACUAAUGAAUAAAAGCUGAGUCAUUUAAAAAAUAAAUAAAAAAUUAAUUAAUUAAUUAGAUUUUGUUUACAAUAUACUUAAAACAAGUCAAAAAGAGGAUAGAAAAAAAGGUGCUUUGCAUUUUAUUCUACUGUUAUUUUUUUAUAUUUGAGUAAUAAUUUGUUUCUUGAAAAUACAUAUUAUAAUUUUUUUUUUCACAAGGGGACCUGUGAGAUAAACACUUAGAAACAAGCUAAUACAUAUUCAUGAUACUUUAGGUGGUUAGUAGAAAAGAGGUUGUCCAAACUAGAGAGCUUCUGUUUUCUUGGUGUCCAAACUACUUUGGCAAGUUUAAGGAAGAUUUUUUGAAGCUUUUUUUUCUGUAAUAAUGUAUUCUCAGUUAAAAACAUCUGACUGAUAUACAAUUUCAUAUUUCCCAAUCACUUAUCCAGAUUUUCACUUUCAUCAGCUGGAUUAAGUUUUCACCGUCCUACUCCUAUUAAAUCUAAGUUAGAACUAUUUAAGAGUGUUUUCAUAGAGGUAGAACAAUAUAAAAUAGUGCUUCUUAAUUUUUUUUUAACAUUUAUUCAUUUUUGAGAGACAGAGACAGAGCACAA